AGUACGCGAAAAACAAUUGAAAUGAGUACAGCUUCGCGGCCUUCUCUCUGCCUCUGUGUGUGCCUGAUGGGUGUGACAUGGGCUCUCGCACUCCCAGUCCAGACGUCUACUCCCGUGCCGAACAUUAAGGUGGAGCCUGUGACGGAUGGAUGGUCGCUGGCAACUUCUGAGGCGUCUCAAUCGGAGAGAACAUCUGAGAGCAGCUCUACAUCGCUCAGUCAUUCGGAGACCUUCACAUCGGAGAGAGCUCCUGAGAUCGUUACAUCAGAGGCAGCUAUUUUUACUGCCUUCCCAUUAGAGGCAUCUACUACAGAAAAGUCCAUUGCUAAGCCAAAUAGUCAAGGAGAAGACUCGAAAGUUGACUCCAUAACAGAGUUCUCGGAAGAGGCAAAUGAUCAAGUGCAAUGUCUGGCUGCCUUGGACAAAUUCUUGAUUGACUUUGGGGGCCGCUACCACAGUGAGAUUGAGACGGAGAAGCGCCGCAAUGUGUUCUGCGACAACUGGCGAUCGAUAAGGAAGCACAACAAACUUUUCGAACAACAUAUGAUACCUUACGAGAUGGACAUCAAUCAGUUCAGCGAUCUGACCUUCGAGGAAUGGCGACUAAAGCAAAUGCCACGCCCCGGUGUGAUGAGAGCUCCUGAGAUCGUCACAUCAGAGGAAGCCAUUUCUGGCGCCAUCCCAUUAGAGGCAUCUACUAUAGUGGAGGAAAUUCUCCAGACCUCCACAGAAAAGUCCAUAGUUAAGCCACCGACAAACAGUCAAGAAGAAGACUCGAAAGUUGACUCCAUAACAGAGGUCUCGGAAGAGGCAAAUGAUCAAGUGCAAUGUCUGGCUGCCUGGGACAAAUUCUUGAUUGACUUUGGGCGCCGCUACCACAGUGAGAUUGAGAAGGAGAAGCGCCGCACUGUGUUCUGCGACAACUGGCGAUCGAUAAGGAAGCACAACAAACUUUUCGAACAACAUAUGGUACCUUACGAGAUGGACAUCAAUCAGUUCAGCGAUCUGACCUUCGAGGAAUGGCGACUAAAGCAAAUGCCACGCCCCGGUGUGAUGAGAGCUCCUGAGAUCGUCACAUCAGAGGAAGCCAUUUCUGGCGCCAUCCCAUUAGAGGCAUCUACUAAAAUGGAGGAAAUUCUCCAGACCUCCACAGAAAAGUCCAUAGUUAAGCCACCGACAAACAGUCAAGGAGAAGACUCGAAAGUUGACUCCAUAACAGAGGUCUCGGAAGAGGCAAAUGAUCAAGUGCAAUGUCUGGCUGCCUGGGACAAAUUCUUGAUUGACUUUGGGCGCCGCUACCACAGUGAGAUUGAGAAGGAGAAGCGCCGCACUGUGUUCUGCGACAACUGGCGAUCGAUAAGGAAGCACAACAAACUUUUCGAACAGCACAUGGUACCUUACGAGAUGGACAUCAAUCAGUUCAGCGAUCUGACCUUCGAGGAAUGGCGACUAAGGCAAAUGCCGCGCCCAGGUGUGAUGAGAGCUCCUGAGAUCGUCACAUCAGAGGAAGCCAUUUCUGGCGCCAUUCCAUUAGAGGCAUCUACUAUAGUGAAGGAAAUUCUCCAGACCUCCACAAAAAAGUCCAUAGUUAAGCCACCGACAAACAGUCAAGAAGAAGACUCGAAAGUUGACUCCAUAACAGAGGUCUCGGAAGAGGCAAAUGAUCAAGUGCAAUGUCUGGCUGCCUGGGACAAAUUCUUGAUUGACUUUGGGGGCCGCUACCACAGUGAGAUUGAGAAGGAGAAGCGCCGCAAUGUGUUCUGCGACAACUGGCGAUCGAUCAGGAAACACAACAAACUUUUCCAACAGCAUAUGGUACCUUACGAGAUGGACAUCAAUCAGUUCAGCGAUCUGACCUUCGAGGAAUGGCGACUAAAGCAAAUGCCACGCCCCGGUGUGAUGAGAGCUCCUGAGAUCGUCACAUCAGAGGAAGCCAUUUCUGGCGCCAUCCCAUUAGAGGCAUCUACUAUAGUGGAGGAAAUUCUCCAGACCUCCACAGAAAAGUCCAUAGUUAAGCCACCGACAAACAGUCAAGAAGAAGACUCGAAAGUUGACUCCAUAACAGAGGUCUCGGAAGAGGCAAAUGAUCAAGUGCAAUGUCUGGCUGCCUGGGACAAAUUCUUGAUUGACUUUGGGCGCCGCUACCACAGUGAGAUUGAGAAGGAGAAGCGCCGCACUGUGUUCUGCGACAACUGGCGAUCGAUCAGGAAGCACAACAAACUUUUCCAACAGCAUAUGGUACCUUACCAGAUGGACAUCAAUCAGUUCAGCGAUCUGACCUUCGAGGAAUGGCGACUAAAGCAAAUGCCACGCCCCGGUGUGAUGAGAGCUCCUGAGAUCGUCACAUCAGAGGAAGCCAUUUCUGGCGCCAUCCCAUUAGAGGCAUCUACUAUAGUGGAGGAAAUUCUCCAGACCUCCACAGAAAAGUCCAUAGUUAAGCCACCGACAAACAGUCAAGAAGAAGACUCGAAAGUUGACUCCAUAACAGAGGUCUCGGAAGAGGCAAAUGAUCAAGUGCAAUGUCUGGCUGCCUGGGACAAAUUCUUGAUUGACUUUGGGCGCCGCUACCACAGUGAGAUUGAGAAGGAGAAGCGCCGCACUGUGUUCUGCGACAACUGGCGAUCGAUAAGGAAGCACAACAAACUUUUCGAACAGCACAUGGUACCUUACGAGAUGGACAUCAAUCAGUUCAGCGAUCUGACCUUCGAGGAAUGGCGACUAAGGCAAAUGCCGCGCCCAGGUGUGAUGAGAGCUCCUGAGAUCGUCACAUCAGAGGAAGCCAUUUCUGGCGCCAUUCCAUUAGAGGCAUCUACUAUAGUGAAGGAAAUUCUCCAGACCUCCACAAAAAAGUCCAUAGUUAAGCCACCGACAAACAGUCAAGAAGAAGACUCGAAAGUUGACUCCAUAACAGAGGUCUCGGAAGAGGCAAAUGAUCAAGUGCAAUGUCUGGCUGCCUGGGACAAAUUCUUGAUUGACUUUGGGCGCCGCUACCACAGUGAGAUUGAGAAGGAGAAGCGCCGCACUGUGUUCUGCGACAACUGGCGAUCGAUAAGGAAGCACAACAAACUUUUCGAACAACAUAUGGUACCUUACCAGAUGGACAUCAAUCAGUUCAGCGAUCUGACCUUCGAGGAAUGGAGGAUUAAGCAAAUGCCACGCCCGGUUGUCAUGGAUCAGGAUUUCUAAGGACUAAUUAAAUGAUUGCAAAUUCUACCGA